AUGACUUGUAGCAAAAAAUCAAAUAAAAAAGAGCAAGCAGAGCAGAGAAAAUCAAUCAAAUCAUUAACAAGUGACAUAGAUAUAAGGUACAAAAAAUUAACUGAACGAGAGCCUAUAGACAUGGAACUCGACAAUGAUUAUUUUGAUGAUACCUUUAGAGACUCUGAAAAAGAUCAUAGUUCAAUUGCUACUAAAGUUUUAACAACCUCACGAGGACUUAUACAGUAUAUUAUAAAAUGA